AAAAAAAAAAAAAAUGAAAAAGAAAAUAAUACAGUAAAGUACCUCAAAAUCAAACAACACCUUCUUCUCCAAACUAGGGUUUUUUUUCCUUCUCCAUAGGGUUUAUUCACACCACACGCAACAUGGUGAAUUUGGGGCAUCAACAGUUGUUAUUCGAGGAACCUUGAGGGUAAACUUUGAUUUUGAUUUUUGUUUCGUGUUGGGCUCGAUGGAAGCUGGAGUUGAGGUGGACGGAGGCUCUGCGACGAGGAAGUUGCUCCACCACCACCGCUCGCGGCCGCCGCCGCCGCCGCAGCAGCAGCAGCCGCAGAUAUCACAGAUUGGGACGGUCCCGCAGCUCCUCGCCGGCGGCAUAGCUGGAGCUUUCAGCAAGACCUGUACUGCUCCUCUAGCUCGCCUCACCAUUCUUUUUCAGAUACAAGGCAUGCAUUCAGAUGUUGCGAGUAUGAGUAAGCCUAGUAUAUGGCGUGAGGCAGUGCGUAUAGUCAAUGAGGAAGGUUUCAGAGCUUUCUGGAAAGGGAAUUUGGUUACUAUAGCUCAUCGUCUUCCUUAUUCUGCAGUCAACUUUUACUCCUAUGAACAGUACAAAAGAAUUUUAAGAUCAAUUCCAGGCCUUGAUGGUCGAGAGAGAAAUCCAAGUGCGGAUAUUUUUGUGCAUUUUGUGGGUGGUGGCUUAGCUGGGAUAACUGCUGCUUCUGCCACAUAUCCUUUGGAUCUUGUCAGGACAAGACUUGCUGCACAGAGGAAUGCAAUAUACUAUCAAGGUAUAAGGCAUGCACUUCAUACCAUCUGCAGAGAUGAAGGUUUUCUUGGCCUAUACAAAGGACUGGGAGCAACAUUAUUGGGUGUUGGGCCAAGUAUAGCAAUAAGCUUUUCAGUUUAUGAGAGUUUGAGAUCUUCUUGGCAUUCUCAAAGGCCCAAUGAUUCUACAGUUUUGGUCAGCCUUGCUUGUGGCAGUCUUUCUGGCAUUGCAUCUUCUACAGCAACAUUUCCUUUGGACCUCGUGAGGAGAAGAAUGCAAUUGGAAGGUGCAGGUGGUCGAGCCCGGGUGUACAACACCGGAUUAUUUGGCGCUUUCAGAUACAUUAUCCAAACGGAAGGCUUUCGUGGGUUGUACCGAGGGAUCAUGCCCGAGUACUACAAGGUUGUACCGAGUGUAGGGAUCGUUUUCAUGACUUACGAAACUUUGAAGAAGCUACUUUCACGCGGACCUUUCAAUUAGUCUUUUGCACACGACCUCGAUUUGGGUUUGAUAAACCUAAACACAACAAGUCCAUGAAGCAGAAAGAUCAGCAAAUUUUUGUCAUUUUAGUGUAUUUGGAUAUUCAGUAGUAGGCAGAGAUAUACUCUUCUUCUUCGUCCAUGUCACUUUUUAUAUAAAAAAAAGAAAGUCUUCGUAAAUUUUUUGCGGGCGUACGGAUAUUAUUAUGUAUAGACGCGUUUGUGUCGUGCUUUAGAUUAUUGCUUCUAAUGAAAUCUUAAUUCAUUCUAGGGCUUGUGAACAUCAUAUUGAUGAUUAGAUGAGCAAAUUAUUGAGGCAUUUUCUGUCUGUUGAUUUGUACCGAUGCUAUUCAUUUAAGAGAAUCCUACGGUUUUGCAGUUUUGUUGAUUCUGCCACGAC